AUGGCAGAAACAAAGCAGGAGCUGCAAGUGGCCGAUUCACCUGGCCUUGCGACGCCGAUAUCUGAACAGGAUUGGACGAACCAUGAGGAAACUCAAGCUAGGAGGAAGAUUGACGGCUCAGUGCUGCCGUUGCUAUAUCUGGGGCUGCUUGUCUUUCAGCUGGAUCGCAUGAACCUGGCGAGUGCUCUUACUGGUGGUUUCGCGAAGGAUAUCGGAGUGGAUCAGGACACAAUCAAUCUCGGAAACCAGUUGAUGUUUCUAGGCAUUGUGAUUUUGGAAAUCCCGUCCAACAUGCUGCUUCAACAAGUUGGCCCUCGCAAGUACAUAUCAGCUCAAGUUAUGCUAUUAGGCUUGGUUGCGACCCUUCAGAUAUUUCUCCGCGAUAGAAAGGGCUUUCUGGCAUCGCGAAUGUUUCUCGGUCUGGCAGAGGCAGGUUAUAUACCGGGUGCCUGCUACACACUGUCGACAUGGUAUAAGAAGAAAGAGCUCGCGAAGCGGGUCGCUGUUUUCUUCUUUGUUGAGGGAGUGUUCACUAUCUUCGUGGGACUCUCCCUGUUGUUACUCCUCCCUGGAUCUCCCGAAACCCCUGAUCCCCUUUUGAGCCGAGGCCUCGUCCGCUUCAAAGGCUCGGAAAGAGCCAUCAUUCAAUGCCGACUCGAAUCCGAUGACAAGGAGAAGCGACAUGGCGUGCAAGGAAUGCAUAUACCGCCAAAACUUGUGCUCAAGACGAUCUUGCAUUGGCAACGAUGGCCCCAUUUUCUGAGCAGCUUCGCCGUCUUCUCCACCUGGAGUCCUUUGACAACUUACACGCCAACUAUUAUCAUGCAAGUAGCACGGGAUCUGGGUCGAGGACAUUAUGCUAAUCGGGAGUCUUGCAGGAACCUCGGCUUCAACCGCAUAUAA